UGCAGCGCCUCCUGCCCGGGUCGCCGCUCCGCCCGCCGCCCGGCCUCGCUCGGCUCCAGAGCAGGUUCCAGCCGCGCGGGGAGGCUUGGCAGCCUCGCGCUCUCCUUUCGGGCCUCGGGCACCGCGUCCUGCUGCGGGGCGGCCGCCUUCGCCGCCCGCCCGCCCACCUACCCUCCUUCCCGCGGCCCCCGUCGCCGCUUGGGCCGCUUUCGGGCGACCGCUGCCAUGGGCACGGACAGCCGCGCGGCCGGGGCGCUCCUGGCGCGCGCCCGCACCCUGCACCUGCAGACGGGGAAUCUGCUGAACUGGGGCCGACUGCGGAAGAAGUGCCCGUCCACGCACAGCGAGGAGCUUCGAGACUGUAUCCAGAAGACAUUGAAUGAAUGGAGUUCCCAAAUCAGUCCAGACUCGAUCAGGGAGUUUCCAGAUGUGUUGGAAUGUACUGUGUCUCAUGCAGUAGAGAAGAUAAACCCCGAUGAAAGAGAAGAAAUGAAAGUUUCUGCAAAACUGUUCAUUGUUGGAGCAAACUCUUCAUCAUCAACCAGAAAUGCAAUUGACAUGGCCUGUUCCGUCCUUGGAGUUGCCCAGCUGGAUUCUGUGAUCAUUGCUUCCCCGCCUAUUGAAGAUGGAGUGAAUCUUUCCUUGGAACACUUACAACCUUACUGGGAGGAAUUAGAAAGCUUAGUGCGAAGCAAAAAGAUUGUUGCCAUAGGGACCUCUGAUCUGGACAGAACACAAUUGGAGCAACUGUAUCAGUGGGCACAGGUAAAACCAAAUAGUAACCAAGUUAACCUUGCCUCCUGCUGUGUGAUGCCACCUGAUCUGACUGCAUUUGCAAAGCAGUUUGAUAUACAGCUUCUGACUCAUAACGACCCUAAAGAACUACUUUCUGAGGCAAGUUUCCAAGAGGCUCUUCGGGAAAGCAUCCCUGAUAUACAAGCCCACGACUGGGUGCCCCUGUGGCUGCUGCGGUACUCUGUCAUAGUGAAGAGCAGAGGCAUCAUCAAAUCCAAAGGCUACAUCUUGCAAGCUAAAAGAAAAGGUUCCUAAGUGUGACUUGGGAGCACAGCCCCCUAACCUGUAUUUUCCUUGAAGAUAAAAUUAAGGUGUACGCAGAUCUUCAAGCUAUAUUUGACAGUAUGUUCUCUGCCAUGCUUUGCUCCUACGUCAGCCCGCUCACAUGAACAGCCAUAUUGUUCUCAUUAAACUUUUGUUUCCUUACUGAAAUUGCCUAUAGAGCAAA